AUGGCAUUAAUUCCCAGCGUGUUUGGUGGCCGACGAAGCAACGUUUUCGAUCCUUUCUCUCUUGACAUUUGGGACCCUUUUGAAGGAUUCCCCUUCUCCGGCGCCCUAUCAACGGAUCGCAGCAGCGCCGCCAGGGAUACCUCUGCUUUUGUGAACGCGAGAAUGGACUGGAAGGAGACCCCGGAGGCCCAUAUCAUCCAAGCUGAUCUUCCAGGGCUCAAGAAGGAAGAAGUUAAAGUGGAGGUGGAAGAAGGAAGAGUCCUCAGAAUCAGCGGAGAGAGGAAGAGGGAACAAGAGGAGAAAACCGACACAUGGCAUCGCAUGGAGAGGAGCAGUGGCCAAUUCGUGAGGGCCUUCAGGCUGCCGGAGAAUGCUAAGAUGGAGGAAAUUAAGGCCAACAUGGAGAAUGGCGUGCUCUCUGUUGUAAUCCCUAAGAUGGAGGAGAAGAGGCCUGAAGUUAAGGCCAUUGACAUCUCUGGCGAGUAA